UAUGUCGAACGACAUCACGUGAUCUCAAUCCGCGGCGCCGAGAGCUAACGGUCGAUCGAGAAUAUCCGAGGUCGAUGCAUCUUCUAUUCAUUCUUGCUAUUCUUGUACCUGUGCUUGCUGAAUCUUCGAAUCCCUGACGGACUCAACGGACGUACCAAGAUGGAUCCUCACGCUCAGGAGAACCGGUCGGCUACGGUCGAAGAGGUUGACGUGGAUAUCGGUUUUCAGCCUCGGACGGAGGAACCUCGACUAGCCGCCCCUCUCGCUAGUAACAUCUUCAGAGAUGCUAGGGAGCCAGUGUUUCGAAGAGAGACGCAGGGUGAAGAGGUGAGACAAUGGCAGGAAGAAGAGUUCCAGCGCAAGCUGCGCGGGGAAUAUGAAGAGAUGCAACGGAGGUUGCAUGAGGUCGUCGAAACCUCUAUGGACCACCCGUUACACAUCUCGUCCAUCAGGAUCCCAAACCCACCUCGAGUCACGAGACCAGGAUUCCUUAACUCUCUUAUUAGCCCUUUCAUCUCGAAACCUUCUACCUCGCCGCUCUCGAUUCCCUGGCUGAACCCGGCAACUACUAGCGGGGCUCCUAAUCCACCUCAGACGUUACACGAGAUCCUCUUGACCACCAAAGCCAUGGCCGCUCAUCUGAGGGGUUUCGACAUCUUCCAUGACGAUGUCGACGUCAAGUUCCAGCCUGCUGAAGGUGGGGCUGUUGGGGAUGUAGAUCUCGUGCUGGGUGUGAGAGAGAAGGGCAGGCUGUUCUUGAAGGGAGGUACCGAGAUUGGUGGGGGAGAAGGUGGUGCUAACGCCACUGCUCGUCUGCGAAACGUCUUCGGGGGUGCCGAGACGGUUGAGUUUAACGCGACGUAUGGAACGAAGACGAAAUCUGCCUAUCAGCUCGCGUUAUCGACACCUUUGCUCGCUUCGCCUUUGCUCAACUUGUCCUUGUCAGCCUUCUCUCUUGAUCGGGAUAACACGGCUUUUGCCGCCCACCGAGAACGAUCAGAGGGGGGUCGAGCUAAGAUUAGUGCUAGAGCGCCUUGGGGGACUCACGACCUGAUAUACGAGUUCAUCAACAGAGAGAUCGGAAACCUUACUCCCAAAGCAUCCAUCUCCAUUCGAGAACUAGCUUACCCCUCGACCAAAGCCAGUCUUGUGCAUACCUACACCCGCGAUACGAGAGAUGAUGCUUGGACGGGGUCAAGAGGAUCUUUGGUGAAAGUAUCACAUGAAUUCGCGGGCCUCCCAUGUAGCUCGCCAUCGGCAAAUUUCUUCAAAAGUACCGCUCAGACCCAGUUGUCGAGGAUGAUCUGGCCGGGCUCCGGUUGGCAUUACUCCAUUGCAUCCCUCUUGACCAUCUCCGUGCCACUCUCCCCUUCGGGCAAGACCGCUUUGCCUGACAGGGUCUUCUUGGGAGGCCCCAACAGCGUACGGGGAUGGAGGAUUGGUGGUAUGGGACUGCGGGAUGGUCACGACUCCCUUGGAGGUGAUCUGGCGUUCGCUACGGGAUUGUCCGUAUAUGCGCCGUUCCCCGCCAAACCUGAAUGGCCCGUCAAGCUGCAUGGAUUUAUCAACACUGGCCGCGUCACCGCAUGGGACUGUCAGCGAACAUUCGGAAACAACGUGAACAAGCUGUUCUCAUCACCGAACCUGAGUGCAGGAUUCGGGCUGCUCUACAGGCUGGAUCCUAUCAGGAUCGAGGUCAAUCUAGCCCUCCCGCUUGUUGGCCGUAAGGGAGAAGGAUGGGCAAGAGGUCUAGGAGUAGGAAUCGGGCUCGAAUUCUUGUAGUUCGCGCGACACACCGUCAAAUUCACCAUGAAGCAUAAGGCUUCGGCCCCAGAUCGACUAGCUGAGUGAGAUAGUCUCGAGAGGAUCCCGUGAAUCAGCCACCGAGAAGCAUCGUUUGCCAUAGGGGCCACCUUGCCUACGGUCAGGGCCGCGAAGUCGGUCGCUUUUGUUGAAGUCUUUCCAUUCGGAUCGACCAAUCAUUUCUGUUUUUCGGAUGAGAUAUAGCGAGGGUGCAAGCGACGCCGUAUACCUUGAUAUUCUACUAUCCCCGGAGAGCGCCACCAACAGGCUCUGCCUACCGGCCGCUCUUUGCAAAUCAUGACGGCAGCCGGAUGCCUUUUCUUGAGACCCG